AUGAACACGGAGAAAGCGCUCAGUGUUCAGUGCUCAGAUUGAGCUCUGUGAGGUUCGGAUAUCUGUCAACUGAGAUUUUAGUAAAUUUUCUGGAAUUUAGUUUUCUUGUACAACUACUAUAAUCAGUUAUUAGCGACGUGGUUCAUAGUUAAUGUCACCUACAGACUCACUAGAUGUCGCUAUCAUCUGUUUACGGCUCUCCUCUGUUACCUCACGUCCGCUUUCAGUUUCGUUAGCAAGCUGGCUAACAGUUACCACACAGCUCUUCUGACCUCUCUGUGCUUCUGCUAAGUGUACUGAAAUAGAGAAGUCCGUUCGUGUGCUGCUGCUUCGAGUUAUGUUUUUGAGAGAGUGCCGCAGUGAAGAGCCCUAAAACAGUUUAGUGCGAGUCAUGGCCACGCUGUGCGUCCAGAGACUGAGGUGUCCACUGUUUAAACCACUCAUUCUCAAUAAGUCUUACAGCAGCCUGGUCCUGCAGUGGAGGACAGGAUUCACACCUUCAGAGCUGUCAAACAGGAGAGGCUGCCGACUGUUCAAUCUUACCUUUACAUGCAGAACACCACGAUUAUCCACUGUAAGAACACUGUCUGCUGUACCUCCACCUCCCUCAUCUGAUGGGAACAAAUCUACAGACAAGAAGACUGGUCCAGUGACAUGGAAAUCUCUCGCCAUCACAUUUGCCUUUGGUGGGGCUCUUCUUCUGGGGAUGAAAUACUUUAAAAAGGAGAAAGAGGAAAUGCUUGAGAAAGAGAGGACAAAGUCUUUGGGUAAACCAGCUCUUGGAGGCCCAUUCUCACUUGUCGAUCACAACAAAAAGCCUUCGAAAAGUGAAGACUUCUUCGGCCAGUGGGUUCUGAUCUAUUUUGGCUUUACACAUUGUCCAGACAUCUGUCCUGAUGAAUUGGAGAAAAUGAUUGCAGUCGUGGAUGAAAUUGAUAGGAUAAAGACACUCCCAGAUCUAACACCAAUUUUGAUCACAAUUGAUCCAGAAAGGGAUACACCAGAGGCUUUAGCAACAUAUGUCAAAGAGUUCUCCCCCAAGCUGAUAGGCUUGACAGGAACUACAGAACAAAUUGAACAGGUCUCCAGAGCCUACAGAGUUUACUACAGCCAGGGUCCAAAAGAUGAAGACAACGACUACAUUGUUGAUCACACCAUCAUUAUGUACUUGGUGGGUCCUGAUGGCAAGUUCGUGGACUAUUACGGACAGAACAAGAAAGCAGCUGAAAUCUCCUCCUCCAUUGCAUCACACAUGAGGAAACACAGGCAGACUAAGUAAUAUUCUUUGACACUGGAGCUUACCUUAAAGGAUGAUAAGUGCUCAAAGCACAUUCCUGCAGUACCUCUCUCACACCUUAUUUUCCAACAGAAUGUUCUGGACUUCAGAACAUUCUUACGUUUUUACUUCUAAGUAAAAUUAACUAUUUAUUAUGUUACACCCUUACUUUUAUUAAUCAGACUGUUGUGCAGGUUUCUCUCCAGCUAAACUGUUCAUAAUCAGUUUAUAGUGAACACAAAUAUGAAUGAUUUGAGUUGUAAUACAGUUUUUUUUAAAGGGUAUCCAAUAAAAUAAGGUGUUUAAG